AUUUUCCCUGUCAGCCAAUGAAACAAGGACAUUUGUUCAGAGUAGACGGGGAUUGGUCGGACAGACUGGGGGAACCUGGGCAUCUUUCUGGUUGCAGGGUGGUCAGAUCUUUCAUUUGAAAUUGUUUUGCUAAAUCCAAAUAAUUAGCUAACUACAUUAUGCUAGUGUCGGUGCUAUUGAUGAUUGCACUAGCCAGUGCUAAACCAUCGGUGUAUUUUCGAGAGCAGUUUGAAGAUGAUGCUUGGAAUACCCGUUGGGUUGAAUCCAGCCAUAGGUCGGACUAUGGCAAAUUUGUCCUGACUGCUGGGAAAUUCUAUGGAGAUGCAGAGAAAGACAAAGGUCUCCAGACCAGCCAGGAUGCCCACUUCUACUCUUCUUCUGCUCGCUUUGAGCCCUUCAGCAACCAGGGAAAGACCCUGGUGAUCCAGUUCACUGUGAAGCACGAGCAGAACAUCGACUGCGGGGGAGGCUACAUCAAGCUGUUCCCCGCUGACCUCGACCAGGCAGACAUGCAUGGAGACUCUAACUACAACAUCAUGUUCGGUCCAGACAUCUGUGGCCCAGCCACCAAGAAAAUUCAUGUCAUUAUCAACUACAAGGGCAAGAAUCACCUCAUCAGAAAGGACAUCAGAUGCAAGGAUGAUGAGUACACCCAUCUGUACACUCUGAUCUUGAACCCUGACAACACGUAUGAGGUGAAGAUUGACAACAAGAAGGUGGAGUCUGGAAGUCUGGAGGAGGACUGGGACAUUCUGCCCCCUAAAAAGGUCAAGGACCCCGAGGCUGUGAAACCAGAUCACUGGGAUGAGAGAGAGAGGAUGGAGGACCCAGACGAUAAGAAACCAGAGGACUGGGAUAGGCCCGAGAACAUUGCUGACCCUGACGCUAAGCAGCCUGAGGAUUGGGAUGAUGAGAUGGACGGUGAAUGGGAGCCACCCAUGGUCUCCAACCCUGACUAUAAGGGUGAAUGGAAACCCCGCACGAUCGAUAACCCUGACUACAAGGGCAAAUGGUUGCAUCCUGAGAUUGACAAUCCAGACUACAGUGCAGACUCUGAGAUCUACAGAUUUGACAGCAUAGGAGUCAUUGGCCUGGACCUGUGGCAGGUGAAAUCUGGGACCAUCUUCGAUAACUUCCUGAUCACAGAUGAUGCUACGCUGGCAGAAGAAGUUGGCAAUGAGACCUGGGGUCAGACUAAGGACCCAGAGAAAAAGAUGAAGGAGUCCCAGGAGGAGAAGGAGAGGAAGAAACUAGAGGCAGAAGAGAUGGCGAGGAAAGAGGAGACAAAAGAUGAGCCUGGAGAAGAGGAGGAGGAGGAAGAAGAGGAAGAGUUGGAGCAUGAAGAGGAGGAAGACGAGGAAGAAGGGGAGACUGGAGCACAGGAAGAGGAGGAGGAAUCAGAUUCUAUAAAGGAUGAACUUUAGAGGACUUUGACUUUCUCAUAGGGGUGACUUCGUUCUUUGAGACUGGGGAGAGAUUAUUCAUCAUUUCACUUUACCAUCCAGACAGUCAGUCCUCAAAGUAAUAAUGUUGAGAGAAGGGGAGGUGAAGGAGUCAUUUACUGCAAAAUCUGUGCCAUUUUUUAAUUUCAUUUUUUAAAUUAAUUUAUUGGAUUUUAACUUGCUAGUUUAUCCCCUAAUUAAUAAAAAACGGACACUUUUUGUUAUUGUAUCAAAUAAUAAUUCACAUUUGGUAAUAUAUUGGCAAAUGUUUUUACUUUGUUUUUUCUUACAUGCUCGACUUAAUGCUAACCUAUUUCUUGUAAGUAUGCUUUUAUAGUCUGUUGCUCCACCAAAUAUUACAGAUGAAGUCUAAUUCAAUGGUGCCUGUUUGUUUUGUAUACUUAAUUCACAUUGGGUGAUUGUGUACACAAUGUGAAUCCUACUUGGUAUUGACAUGCAUAGCGAUUAGUUUCCCAUUCUUCCCAUUACCAUUUCCUUACUAAAGUCAGUCACACACUGGAAUACAUAAUAUUAGGUAGAAUUUAGAAGUAGCAUCUGUAACCUCACCUAGACAAAUUCAGCCAUCAACCUCAUAUUCCACAGGCUUUCAGCCAAGGACUACUGUAGCCAAAUCAUCAAACUUUUGUCUCUCAAACACUAACCUCAUACUUCCUAAUGUAGCAUAGUGCAUUUGUUCUCCCCUUAAUUGUUUUUGUAGAUAUUUGUUCCCUUAUUUGGGAAAUUAUGAUUACAGAGAUUGGUGUGCAAAAAUACUGUACAGUAAUAAAAAAAAGAGCAGUUUGGAUUUGA